AUGAACAUCAAGAGUUGCCGCACACUGGUCGAUAUUCGAAAUCUUCACGGUUGGAUAAGGGGGUAUACGGAACUAUCUGCUAUGCAAGAGACUUCAGAGGAGCGUAAUGAAGAGGUGUUACCUUGUAACCCUUGCCCACCAAAGGGGUGGGUUUUGAAUCAAAUGCAGACACGAAACUGCCAUUUAUUGUGUAUCUUUCCUCUCCUCCUUUGGGCGUUUCUUUCCCAUUCCAAUUUUUAUUCCCUAAUGAAAGCCAUUGAUUUUGAUCCCUAUCUGCAAGCUAAUAGUGUAACUAUAAUAGCUAAGUGA